AUGUCCAACACUCCAAUCUGCGACACCGACACGCCAGACCCAUGGAUGCUCUACCACAAUAACACCUACUACCUAACUUUCACAGCCGGGGACCGCGUCGAGAUCUGGUCAUCUCCCUCAAUGGAAAAUUUUAGAGGCGCGUCCAAGACCAUCGCGUGGCGUCCCCAACCCGGCACACCCUGGUCCUGCGACCUCUGGGCUCCAGAACUUCAUUACCUCAACGGCACAUGGUACGUGUACCUAUGCGCCGCACACCCAGGCCAAGGCAACCCAUCGCACCGGACCGUCCUGCUACGCUCCGCCAGCACCGACCCAAUGGAUCCGGAGGGGUGGUCUUUCAUAGGCGAACUCGACGGCCUCCCAGACCACUGGAACAUCGAUCUCACAGUCUUCACCCUCAACCAAAGACUUUACGCAUGCUACUCAAGCUGGCCACUCGGCGACUUUUCCGACACACAGCAAGAUCUCUUCCUUGUCGAACUUGCAACCCCUGAGACCGUACUCCGCGGUUCACAAGUAUGCAUAUCGCGCGCCGGACUCCCCUGGGAAAGACCGGAAGGGGGCCGCCGCGGCGUCAACGAAGGGCCCACAUGGCUUUCCACACCUGGGUUCCAGGGCAUCGUAUAUAGCGCCAACGGAAGCUGGACAAGCGAUUAUACCCUCGGUCUACUUCAAUUCCUCGGUGGAAACCCACUGAACCCAGACUCCUGGUGGAAACGGCCUGUCCCACUGCUCGUCAGCCACAAAGGUCUAGGCGGGCCAUUUGGACCGGGACACGCGAGUUUCAUUACAAACGACGAGAAAGUGUAUUGUAUAUACCAUGCCACUGAGCGCGAUAAUGAGGGCUGGAAUAAUCGCAAGGCAAGGGUGUUGUGUCUUCACCCGAGUUGUUUUCAGCCCCAGGCGCAAACUUUGUGUUGCUCGCUGGUGACUACGCCGAAUCGACCACAACCUCAGCCGCAAUCACAACUGCAGAGGUUUCAACAGCAAUCACCUCCGAGCCAGAACCAGUAUCCGGGUAAUACGACGCAAUAUCCACAACAGCAACAGCAACAGCAACAGCAACAGCAGGGAAGACAUGUGUUUCAGCAGUUUGGGAAUACGCUCAUGAAAAAGGCCAGGGAUUUCUCGUCGUGA